CCAAGGUUUGGACAGGAAACUCCAAACUCGUACAAGGGUGGAUGUCAAAAACAGAUAUGGAGUAGUGUUUCUUAUUCUGCUUAUGCAUAUUUACAACCCUGAAAUGUGAAUUAAUGCUUCAUGCUGCUGUCACUAUAGCUUCUCAUUCAUCAAAUUCAGUAUUGCGUCCCUUCCAUUCCCUUUCUCGUUGUCUCACCACUCCAUCUAUUGGGCAAAAUAGCAAGACUAGAAUCAAUGCGGCUGAUAGUGGGCUUGUGGAUUUCUUUGAUCACCUUCUUCAGCAAUGCAUCAAUGGAGACCAUCUCAGACAACUCAAGCAAACCCACUCUCAGAUCAUUCACACUUCAACGUUUUUGUCGCCUUUCUUGGCUGCCAGACUUGUAUCUGUGUACUCAAAAUUUGGGCUUCUUAAGGAUGCACGCAAGGUGUUUGACACAAUUUCUUCGCUUGAUGAAAGUUUCAUUACGAGAAAUAUGCUUUUGUGGAACUCCAUAUUAAGGGCUAAUGUAGUGCAGGGGGAGUAUAACGAGGCGCUUAGGCUGUACUGUGAGAUGAGAAAAGUUGGGGUUUUGCCUGAUGGGUUUGGUUUUCCUUUAAUUGUAAAGGCUAGCGGUAGGGCCAUGGUGGGCGAAAGUAACUAUAAACUGUGUACGAGUGUUCAUUGCCACGUGGUCCAAUUGGGGUUCCGAGAUCACAUGCAUGUUGUCAAUGAGUUGUUGGGAAUGUAUGGAAAGAUUGGGCGAAUGGAUAUUGCGUGUAAAUUGUUUGAUAGAAUGCCUGUGAGAACUCAAAUUUCAUGGAAUGUUAUGGUGUCUGGUUUUGCAAAUAAUUCUGACUGUGAAAAUGCUUCUAAGAUGUUUGAUAGGAUGGAAUUAGAAGGGUGGGAGCCGAAUUCUGUGACUUGGACUUCUUUGUUAUCAAGUUUUGGUAAAUGUGGGAGUGGUGAGGAGACAUUAAGAUUGUACAGAAUGAUGAGGGAGAAAGGUGUUGAGGUUACGGCUGAAGCGGUUGCAGUGGUUCUGUCAGUUUGUGCUGAUAUGAAUGCAUUUUGCACGGCUGCGAACUUACAUGGAUAUGUUAUAAAGGGUGGGUUCUCCAACUAUUCAUUUGUUGUAAACUCGUUGAUAUGUGUGUGUGGAAAAAACUGUGCUGCGAAAGAGGCAGAGAGUUUAUUUUCAGGGUUGGAAUCAAAGAAUAUAGUCAGCUGGAAUGCUUUGAUAUCAUGCUAUGCUGAAUCAGGGUUAUGUGACGAGGCUUUUGCUCUGUUCUCACAGAUGGGAAAGUUACAUGAUGGUUAUGCAGAGUUAAAACCAAAUGUAAUAACUUGGAGUGCUGUUAUUAGUGGAUUUGCCGCAAAGGGACGGUUUGAGGAGUCUUUGGAAAUCUUUCGGCAAAUGCAGAUUGCUGAAGUAGCAGGCAACCCUGUCACAAUUGCUAGUACUUUGACUGCUUGUGCGGGGUUAUCGGCACAUUGUCUAGGGAAAGAAAUCCAUGCCCAUGUCACCAGAACUCUGCUAGACAAAAAAGUCUUGGUAGGAAAUGGAUUGAUCAAUAUGUAUAUGAAAUGCGCUUGCCCCGAGGAAGCUAAUUUAGUAUUUGAAGGAUUAGGUAAUAGGGAUCUAUUCUCAUGGAAUACAAUGAUUGCUGGGUAUGGGAUGCUUGGACUUGGUGACACUGCUUUAAAGUUCUUUUAUAACAUGAUCAACAUAGGAUUUAAACCUGAUGAGGUUACAUUUGUUGCUGUUCUUUCUGCAUGUAGUCAUGCAGGUCUUGUUGCAGAGGGUCGCAAGCUUUUCGACCAGAUGGUUAGGGAUUUUCGAAUUGAAUCUCAGAUGGAACACUAUGCUUGCGUGGUUGAUCUGCUUGGCCGUGCUGGCUUAGUACUGGAAGCAAUUGACUUUGUGAAAAACAUGCCAAUUGAACCGAAUGCAUGUGUUUGGGGAGCUCUAUUGAACUCUUGUAAAAUGUAUAAAAAUACAGAUGCUGCAGAAGAGACUGCUGCUCAAAUUUUUGGUCUUGAACCUGGGAUGACUGGGAGUUACAUGUUGAUAUCUAAUUUAUAUGCUGCACAGGGAAGAUGGGAGGACUCUGCUAAAGUAAGACACUCAGCAAAGACAGUGGGGCUGAAGAAAAGCCCUGGACGGAGUUGGAUUGAGGUGAAGAAGAAAGUGCAUGCAUUCUUAGCUGGAGAAGCUUUAGACUCGGGGAUGGAGGAAAUAUAUAGGGUACUGGAUUAUUUAAGUCUUCAAAUGGAGAUGGAGAGUUAUGCAUUAUGCCAGAAGUCCACGUCUCAGUUAGCACUCGAAGAAGAAUGUGUGGCAUAUAUUUGAAGGGCGUAAUCCACAGCCAUUCCCUGUUCUCCACAAUUUCAUGUCUUCCUAAUUAACUCCCCAAGUUUUUCUUGAUACUCAAAAACUGCCCAUGCAAUAUGGAUUUGGUUAGAAGUAUCCAUAUCACAAUAAAAUGGUUCUCGUGUUCAGCUAUAAUUCCAUUAUCACAAUAAAUAAUAGCCAAAAUCGAGUGGGUUGAUCACUCUUAGUUAUUA